AUGCUCAAAGAAGUGGUGGCAACUCCCCAACUUGAGGAUAUAUUCACCAACAUCUGCUCACAACAACUUCCUCGCCUUCUUUCGUACUUUCCAGCUCCUAGAAAAACUUGGGCGUCAAUACAUCAACAGCUUUCCUCUUUGCCAACUCUGUUAAACCAAGAUGUUACCGAUACACCUCCAACCAACAAAGAUUCGAGCUUAAAAAUGAACAUGUCAUCUCCCGAACUUCAAGCUGAGUCAAUAACACCAAGUCUGACUGGUCAGUGGCAUUUGUUCCGCAAGUUUUACCUCUCCUCAUAUAUCAACAAAUCUAAAGCCAACGAACAUCCAGCCAAAUAUCUUCGUGCUGAAUUUGGUCCAGAUCGUGUCUUGGCCAUGGGAAACUAG